AUGAGCGAGGGUAACCUGCAUCGUUUCGCACCCCGAUUGCACCGCACGCCCUUCUUGCCCGAGGCCCUCCAUCGCAGACGCCAAAUGCAGGAUCGCAUGCACCACCCCCGUGCCAUGUUCAAUUCGCCGCGUCUCCUACGCACUACGUGUCACACUACCACGUCACGAAGGUCUCUCUUACUCCAAGGAGCUAGUGCUGUCCACCAUCCCUCCGUCUGGAACUACUCCAGUUGGCAUGCAGGUUGCCAGUGUCCCCGAUCCGCUACAUUUGCCACAGAGCAACAGCGUGUGGCACCACCGGUUGGCGCUAAGCCAAAGAGGAAGAUGAGCCAAACAAAGCCAGUUAUGGGCCAACAACCACUACGCUACAUAAUCCGAAUAACUCGGUUGGAACGCGAAUCGGAGGGAUGCGAUAUACCAGGCACUCUGCGGCCGACUUUUUACCUCGAAAUGCCCGAUGUUAACAAUCCUAAUAGUGAGCUGUGGAAACUUAGCUUCCGCUGUAACCUCUCUGACACCACUGAUGACAUCAAGCUGUUUGAGGGCUGCGGCUACACGCAGACAAAUGGGGAGGUGGACCGAGCGAUAAAGGAGGCGGUGGCAGUGAUGCUGCGGGCUCUACAGGCGGAUGAGAAUUCUAUCCCUCUAAAUCACGACUACGUCUUUUACCCACAACUCUCUCCUGAAUUGAAAAACAUUUCCGGAUGCACUGCACCACCUGCGACGGAGACGACACAUGAGGGGGUCGGACGACCACUUUCCGUGCAACCUGCCGCCGCCGAUCCAGCCGCUGCAUUCGGAUCACCGCAUGAUGGAGAUUUAAGUGACACAAUUUCGUCUGCUGGAUCGCCAAUUGAAAGGAACCUACAGCCCGGUCUCACUGGAAUAAUGGGCAUGCGGGCGACCCCAGAUUGUGCUUUUUCAUCUACCAACUCUCCCUACAUCAACCAGGUAGCCUCUGUCUCUUCCAAUACAGCUCAUUCUGGCCUGGAAGAGGUGCCUCCAAUUUUUACCAUAGGUCAAGUUGAAAAUGCCUAUCCUUCGAAAUCAAUCUCUUCGUUCCCUGUAAACGCUGAUUCUUCACAUUUCUACGCAUUGGAGCCUGGAAAUCCAUAUGAUAGCACCGAGUCUCUCCCGAUUUAUAGCGGUGCUGCUUAUGCCCAUUCUAUGGGCCCACCAACUAAGGAACCCGAUAUCUUUACUACAUUGAAGGUGCCUGCUCAUGCUCAGUCAUUGGUUGCCCAAUUCGCGCAUCACCUGUGCACCUGUCGCCGCAAUGAUCCACUCCUCGUCGUACCGAGUGACGCCAACACAACAGGUUACAUGUCUGUUCUGUCAGAAAAUUGCUCCUUUCUCUGUUCAAGGAAUGGAAUUGGUGGUGGAUUCAGUGUUAUGCCCAUUCCUGCCUCCUCUUCUCUUCUGGAAGUUCAGAAUAAGUCUGCUUCUGCUUCACAAGGGAGGGUUAUCCGUGCACCCUACAACGGAUUCAUCGUAGUGACGCCUGAUGGAGAAAUGCACUAUGCCCAGCGUCCAUUAAUUAUUGUGCCUGGAAAUUCUCAACGCCCUCUGUUGGAGUUGCCUCUGUUAAGUGCUGACGGGUCAUCAGUGCAACUUGAUGACAUUCUUACCCUUCUGAUCAAUCUUCGAGAAGGCAUGGCGAGUACGUCGACUUCGGCCUCUAUUCCGAGGGAGCAUUCCGUCACAGACGCUACAUCACAAGUUAGACAGCAGGACGCAAAUUACUACAGUCUGCCAUAUGGAGCAGUACCAAUGAACUCCACUGGAGCGCCAAUGCAAGUACCUCCCGUGCCGGCACCCUCUACAUUCACGCGGCAGAUGGGAUUCAGACCUCCAUCAUUAUCAUUAACACAUCAGAUACCGAUGGGAGUAGCAUCAGGCAGUUCGUCAUCAAUUACCUAUGGUGAUUCAUCUGUUACUGGGUCAGCAACUCAUGCACCUCCUGUCUCUGCACUAGAGUACCUGCUCAAUAGACCAUCAGUACAGAACUCUCGACAGUCUCAGCAACUGUUUCUGACUUCGGCACUGGCUGCCCCUGGGCUAAGGCCAGAUCAGGUAGCACAACAGACCCAACCCAACCUAGAAUAUUUGGCAACACUUUUAUCUACGAAUCCGUCGCUGUUUCUUUCCACUGCGGCUGCAUUGAGCGCGAACAAUUCCACAGCGCCUCAGUCAAUCCCAGCUGGUCUGUCAAAUCUCCAAACUCCACCAGUGGAAUCACCAUGGAGCAACCCAACCUGCGCGUCUCCGAAUUCAUUCCCACCUUCUACCGCCUCCCUUUCGAAUACAGACGCACUGAAACAGAUUCUUCUGCGUACUGCACUGGAAAGUGCGCAUCAUCAUCAGCAGCAGCAACAACAACAGCAACCGAUGCCACCUCCUUGUGCUACAACGAUUCCAGCAAUGUCAACUGUACCCACUGCUAUCAUGAGCUCCGCUGCGCACCCAGGACUCGUUUCCUCCGCCGAAGUGUUCGAUUUUAAUAUAGCUCAUGGGCAGCCAAUUUUGCCCACUACGCCCACUACACUAUUCCAGUCAGUCAGGUUGCCUCAGCCAGCCAUGGCACUGGCUCAGCCAGUAAUGGGAAUCACCAGUGGUCAAUCACAACUGUUUCACCAGCAGCAACACCCGGUCCCUGUCGCUGCUCCUCCACCGUGCAAUAAUAGUGAGGCGUGUAUGACCCCUGUGACACAGCUAGCUGUUACCAAAAUGCCUUCUAUUUCGUUGGCAUCGAUUCCUCAAGUGCAGCCAUCAACAGCCGCAACGAUCAUUCCCUCCUCAGUACCACCAAUUAGACCACCUUUGCCAAUGACAUCUACAGUCUCUAAGUUCGUGGUAACACCGGCAGCGUCAGCACCAUCAAUUCAAACACCAAGAGAAAGUAUCACCUCCACAUCUUCGUCGACAGGUCCAGCGCCACCUCCACCUCCACUGCCGUCUCCCUCAUUACAAGUCACCACCGUUGUCGGCAACAGGUUCACGGUGGUAUCGCUGGAUUCGGGUGUGGCUCAACCGAACCCAAUGGAGGCUCCUCACUCUCCGAUACCACCACCUCCUCCUCAGCAUACAAUUCCUGCUCCGGGAGUGCCAUCGCAGACUGCCUCGUCAGGCCCUAGUGCUUGCAAAAAAGUUCCUCCAAAAUUCACUUCCUCAUCCUUAUGA